UGAACUUGGCCCAGGGCAUAGCAUAUAGAUGAGGGCUGCCCAGCAGCCUCACCCUUGCAGCCCCCUGCUCAUGACAGCAUGGACACCCCUUUCAGAGUUGUUGCAGGCCCCCAGCUGGCCCCGCCCCUGGAGUGGGGGCCAAGGCUGGGCCAGCUGGUGGCCUACUGGACACUGGACCCGGAACAGGAGAGAAGAGGCACCUGGGACCAGCGGCAGCCAUCCACAGGAACGCCCUGCAGCCCUGCUUGCACGGAAGAGGCAGGGGUGUCCUUCCAGAACCGAGAUACCAAUGGGAGUCCCAAUGGGGAAGUCGAUGCUGGUGCUUCUCACCUUCUUGGCCUUUGCCUCGUGCUGCAUUGCUGCUUACCGCCCCAGUGAGACCCUGUGCGGCGGGGAGCUGGUGGACACCCUCCAGUUUGUCUGUGGGGACCGCGGCUUCUACUUCAGACUUCCAGGCAGGCCCGCGAGCCGUGUGAACCGUCGCAGCCGUGGCAUCGUGGAGGAGUGUUGCUUCCGCAGCUGUGACCUGGCCCUUCUGGAGACCUACUGUGCCACCCCCGCCAAGUCCGAGAGGGACGUGUCGACCCCUCCGACCGUGCUUCCGGACAACUUCCCCAGAUACCCCGUGGGCAAGUUCUUCCAACAUGACACCUGGAAGCAGUCCACCCAGCGCCUGCGCAGGGGCCUGCCUGCCCUCCUGCGCGCCCGCCGGGGCCGUGUGAUCACCAAGGAGCUCAAAGCGGCCAGGGAUGCCAAACAUCCCAGUGUCCUGGCCGCCCUGCCCACCCACGACCCCGCCCACGGGGACGCCUCUCCGGAGAUGCCCAACAAUCAGAAGUGAACCAAAGUGACGUAGUUCUGCAGCAUGGUAUCAUCGCCCUGUGACCUCCUGACCAAGGACAUUUCCAGCAGGUUCCACCUCCGACAUUUCUCUGUCCUACUUCCUCCUCCAGGACUCUCCCAGCCCAGCCCCCUUGCCCCGCCUCCCCAAGUCAGGCUGCUUCCCUGGGCCCCGUCCAUCGGGCUGAGGGAACACCAUUUAACAGCUUCAAAAAUAACCAAAAUUGAUUGGCUUUAAAUACCCACCCCAACCCCCCCAUGACCCCCUAAAUUAUCUCCAAAUUAUACAUACAUGUCAAAAAAUUGAAAAUAUAAAUCUCCAAACCACACAAGCACAUGCAUUCACACACCAGCCCCCUUAAAACUAAUUAGCUUUUUAAAAACACCAGGAAAGCUAAUUAGCUUAAAAAAACAACAACCAAAAAAUCAAUUGGCUGAAAAAAUACUAAAAAAUGAAUUGGCAUAGAAACAAUUGGCAAAUUAAAGGAAUUUGGCACCCCCCCCUUCCUUCUCUUCCCCUUUGGACUUCAAGUCAAAUUGGCCUGGACUUAAGUCCCUGAAUCAGUAAAGAGAAAGGAAGGACCCAAAAUUGCAGGUGGGCAUGCCACUGCUUCCGCACCAUCUCCCUUCAGAUUGACUAUAUCUCAACAACAACAUCCAAACUCAUUCUUCGGUCAAUUUUCCAUCACUAAAAAUUGUCCCAGCACUGAUUGAAGGGAACCAACAAGACCAAAAGCAGAGAAAAUUGAACAUGAAAACCAAAAUCCAUACAAA